AGAUCUCUGCCUGUUCAACGUGAGGGCUUCCAAGUGUGGGAAUUACAGCGUCUGCAGCGAGGUGCUGACCCUGGGGACAGGCUCUGUGACCAGGGCCUCCCUGCCCUUGCACAAACUGUGGCUCUGAAGAUGUGAGGACCUGUCAAAGGCAAAGCAAUGGCCCAAGCUGGCGGGCAGGACUUGCACCUGGCGGUGCCCUUGGUGCCAGCAGCAGCGGUCUCUGCGUACAUAGUGCUAGCAGAAUGGGAAGGUUCUUGCCAACACAGAAUAAAUGUUUGGCUUCCUGAAGAAAGAUCUACUCAAAACCCAUCCCAUUCAGAUUGGGCAGGAGGAAGAUGCUUUUAAAAUGUCUUAGAGUUCCUGAAAAAUGCUGCCUAAAACACAUAUCAGUGGGUGUUUUAACUUGUACUACUCUAUACCUUAUGUCUAAAAUACAUGUUUUAACUUGUUCAACUCUAUACCUUCUUUUCCCAGCGCAUGAGUGGAUGGCAGUGGGAUUUGUGUCUCUAAAUUAUAGUUAUGAACUUGCUGGCAGUCGUCCCGUGACCCCUACCACGCGCCACGGGGAAGCAAACCCUGGCAUGACGGAUUCAGAGCUAAAAGGGGAACCUCGGGCUUCUCCUGCCACUCAGUGGCUGAGGCGGAUGUGGCACCGUGUGAGCACCUCCCUCCUGCGCAUCCGCACACGGCCCGGGGAUGCUGAGCAGGGCUGUGCCCGCAGGGAUACCCCUCUCCUGCCGCUGGCUCCCAUCUCCAGGAUUUGGGAUAUGCACAACGUCCCUCUGCCAGAGAUGUCCGUCACAGAAGGGAAGAUGCAACCAACCCCGCGCCGCUGCUGCUGCUCCUGCUCCUCCUGCUGCUGCCUUGGCACCGUCUGCCGCCCUGCGGCUGCCGCAGCAGCCAAACAUGCGGAUCCUGCAUCCGGAGCAGCCAAUGGCAGGUCAGCAGGGAAGAGAUCACGGCCCACGCUUCAGAACAAGAUCCUGAUCCUGACCGCAUGUGCCGCUGGCAUCGGGGGCACUUUCCAGUACGGCUACAACAUCUCCAUCAUCAACGCUCCCACUUCGUACAUCCAGAGGUUUAUGAACGAAACGUGGCUGGAGCGCACGGGCACUCCCCUUGGCAGCGAUGUGAUCCUGCUCCUCUGGUCCUUCACGGUCUCCGCGUACCCUCUGGGAGGACUCACCGGGGCCAUUGCGGCCGGGCCCAUGGCGAUCAUGCUGGGGAGGAAGACGUCCCUGCUGUUGAACAACGUGUUCGUGAUCAUCGCCGCAGUCCUGUCAGGAUUCAGCCGCAUGGCAAAAUCCUUUGAGAUGAUUAUUCUCAGCAGAUUCUUUACAGGCCUGAAUGCAGGUAUAAGCAUGAACAUUCAGCCCAUGUAUCUGGCAGAAAGUGCCCCAAAGAAGCUCCGAGGAGCUGUGGCCUUGACCUCUGCAUCGUUCACUGCCCUGGGCUUGCUGGUGGGGCAGGUUGUUGGACUCAGGGAGCUCCUAGGAGCAGAAAACAGCUGGCCGCUUCUUUUAGCCAGCAAUGCAGUGCCUGCCCUCAUCCAGCUCAUGGCUCUGCCUUGGUUCCCUGAAAGCCCCAGAUAUCUCCUGAUUGACCGAGGAGACAAAGAAUCCUGCAUCUCUGCACUGCAGAAGCUCCGAGGCCACUGCGACCUGAGCGCGGAGCUGGAGGAGAUGCUGGCCGAGCAGGCUGCCACCCACGGGCAGAGGCCCAAAAAGCCUUGGGAGCUCUUCCAGGACCGGGCGGUGCGGUGGCAGCUGCUGAGCAUCGUGGUGCUGAGCAGCGCCAUGCAGCUGUGCGGCAACGACUCGAUGUAUUUUUAUGCAGCUUAUGUGUUCCAAGAGGCUGGAAUCCCACAGGAAAAAAUCCCCUAUGUUGUAAUCGGCACAGGAAGCUGCGAACUGAUCACAUCGGUCACUUGCAACAUAAUCAUAGACUACGCGGGGCGGCGGCUGCUGCUCCUGGGGGGCUACAGCUCCAUGGCAGGAUGGGCCAUUGUCUUCAUGGUGGCCCUAAGCCAGCAGGCUCGCAUUAGCUGGAUGCCCUAUCUCAGCGUGAUCUGCAUCUUCGCCUACAUCCUGAGCUUUGGAAUUGGGCCAGCUGGUGUAACAGGAGUUCUGCCCACAGAAGUUUUUGAUCAAAUGUCCCGGCCAGCUGCUUAUGUGAUCUGUGGCUCUCUGCUCUGGUUCAAUCUGUUCCUGGUCGGCACAGCCUUUCCCUUCAUCGUGAAAACUCUAGCACAUUUCUGCUACGUCCCGUUCUUUCUGGUCUGCAUCUGCACUGCGCUCUAUGUUGGCUUCUUCCUUCCUGAGACAAAGGGAAAGUCCUUCCUGGAAAUCUCGGAGGAGUUCAAGAAACGGAAUUUCAAAUCUCACGCCCAUGCAUUUCCCUACAAAGGCCCUGAGGAGAUCAAGUCCACUGUGUUGUAGCAGGAGGCAGAAAGGACAAAGAGAGGAAGGUGGCAUCUGCAGGACGUUUAGCAGUGGUUCUAUUCUCUUGCGUGGGCACAAAGAGGUGAUUGGGUUAAUGAGAGCACUUUAAUCCAGUUAUAUAUAUUACU